GUCUAUCGUCAUCCAACAAUAGAUGAUCGUUCCGUGGCGCAGCAUGACGCUGGAAACUUCUGGAACGCGUCAAGACGGUCCACGUAACAGCACGCUUGCUUUUCUGGCCAACAGGGCGGUACAUUCUGGCGCGUCAGAACUGCAAGUUUUGAUUGUGGACGAGUAUGCAUGCGGACGCAAUCCAGCGCUUCGACCGCCUCGGUCUGCAAGCCUGGUAUUCGGGAUGGCGCAAGUAGUUCUCAUGUCUCCCGUCGUCCGUGAUGAGCACAUUCGGUUAGUACGAGUGUGCCUGGCAUCGCAUCCUCCACAGUCGCCUAAUUGCCCAGCCAGACCCUCCCCCGCAACUGAGCACGGCAAAAGAAGACGCCAAUGUUGCAUUCGAUUCAGCGGAGGUUGGACGACUCGUCGAAAAGGAAUCCGGACCGCACAAGCUGCGGCGCAGUUGGCAGAGGCGAACGCCUCAUCAAAGACCAACCAUGGCGUUCAAGCAACAAAUUGCGCAAAACUAUGCGAAUACGCAUCAGCACGGCGAGACCGCGGAUGGCACCGCUUUGUGGCACUGCAAAUCUUUGUCGCAUUCGGCCUCCUCGCAGGCAUUACUGACCCUGAAGACCAUUCGGAAGCAGGACAGGGGCGUGCUCCACGUGGUGGCGGCGGAUUGUUGUUGUUCUUUUCCGUCCUUUGCCGCUUGAAACUCACACGCGACAACAUCUUGGUGUCUGCACAGUCAAGCUUACUCGUCCCUGACAAGGAGCACCCAGCCUGUCUACGCUCAAGCAGUGGAGUCGCCCGGCGGGCCCGAGUACGGCAUGCCUCUCGAGUCGUCUCCCUGUAUCAGAGGGGCACCUGAAGCCAAUAUUGGGCGUCCGCUCGGCUGGCAAUACACUCGCUGAUUGACAGGGGACGGAAGCUACCUGGACGCAAUGGCCCAUGUCGAACUUACUCUCAUCAACCCUGCAACUGUAGCGUGCUGAGAAGCUUAGCGAUCGUCUAGGACCCCUCCACGCAGUCCAACAUGCCGCGUCUGGGGCACCUGCAUUUCCGUUUGGCCCGGUACAGAAGUCAGUUGGACGAUCUCCUUCCUUUCAUGUGUUCGGUCCAUAUCAGGGC